UUGCUUCUUCCUCACAAAUCAUACAAUUCGAUCACAGAGCUCGCAAUAAUGGAAAAUUCAGGCAGUCUGCUUUUUGAGGCCGCCGGAAAAAUUAACUUUAGCCGGAGAUUAUUCUGAGCUGUAUCGCAGAGUCCCGUGAACCCUAUUGCAAAAGCGAUCUGCUUUGGCUGGGCUUGGAGGACGGAUCCUCUUCCGUUAAUGGAGCGGUCUGCUUUAACGUGCCUCUGAUUGUGAUUUUUUUUGUUUCCUUUUUUUGUUCGUGAUUUAUCUUCUUUCCCCAGCCGAAUAGCAGCCACUAGCUUUAAUUGAACCCGUGGCUUCCUGUUUUAGGAAGGGUAUAGGGUUUAGAGUGAGAUUGAUCGUUCGAACGGAGUUCGAAUCCUUGUAGUUUGAGCUGGUGGUUGAGCCUCCGUGUUCCGGAAAUGGAGGGAUACGCAGAUUGACGGCUUGUUCUGGUAGUGAGAAUUUUUUUAAAGAAAAAUUUUGGCGGCGUGAUGCCGUUCCCAACAAAGGUUCAGCCGGUAGAUUUGAAGGGAUCGUCAGUGCGAACUGAUCAGGGUAAAACCUCUGGAGGAGGCAAGUCACGGCUGAAGCGCCUCUUCGAGAGGCAGUUUCAGAGUGUACUGCGGAUUUCUUCCUCAGAGAAGCUAGCCGGCGCUGGUGAUGGCAAGGUAAGCGAUCGCGAUGAAUGUGGCGUCGGCGAUCAGGAGCCGAACUCGGUGUGCCUUGUCUUCAGUUUUAUGGAGGACAGCAGUGAAAAGUCAUCCGCAGUGGCGGCGGGUCCGGGGGGUAGCCGCUGUAUCUGUUUCAAUGGAAACUGUGAAGACGUUACCGAUGAUGAGUUUGGAAGCGAUUCAACGCCGAUCCCUGCCUGUUGUACCGGCGAUGGCGUCGAGAUCCUCAAGAGCCUGGUGCCGUGCGUGAGCAUCGCGGAGAGAAAUCUGCUCGCGGAUGCAUCGAAAAUAGUUGAGAAGUGCAAGAUCGGUAAGGUGAAAGUCAAUUGCCGGAAGAUCGCCGCCUCAGGGCUUCGAGACCUCGGUUACGAUGCCUCCGUCUGCAAAUCUCGCUGGGAAAAAACGCCUUCCUUUCCUGCUGGCGAAUACGAGUACGUCGAUGUGAUUAUCGACGGCGAUCGCUACAUAAUCGACGUUGACUUUCGAUCGGAGUUUGAGAUUGCUCGGUCUACCAAGAACUAUCGCACGGUGCUCCAGUUGCUCCCUGCCAUCUUCGUUGGAAAGGAAAAUCGGCUUCAGCAGAUCGUAUCCGUAGUUUCAGAAGCUUCGCGUCAGAGCCUGAAGAAGAAAGGCCUUCACUUCCCCCCGUGGCGCAAGGCAGAGUACAUGCGCGCGAAGUGGCUCUCCCCGUACCAACGCACCACAUCUGCCGCCGUCGAUGAUGCAGACGUCGCCGGAAAAGACGUCGCCGCCGACAGCCGUGCAGUUUGCCCGAUCUCUGCAAUGAACUUUUCCGGUGAGUUCGAGAUUCGUCAGGGAAACGGGAGCAUCGGCGACGAAGGAGAUGAGGGGAAUAAAAUAACAGUUGUGGUUUCGCCGUGGCAGCCGCCGGCCGUAAAGCCUAAAGCUGCCCCUCCAGCGGCUGGCGCAAAGAUCGUCGCCGGCCUGGCCUCCGUCCUCCGGGAAAAGCCCCCCUCUCCUAUUUUUUGAAUAUUACCCCCCAACUUUUUUUAUUUUUAUUAUUUUAAACUUUUCUCCGCUUCAUUAUUUUUGGUGUGAGAAUUACGAGAGAUAUAUAUUAUUAAUCAUAUAUAAUAUCUCCGAGUUAGCCUCUUUUUUCUUUUUAAUUUUGUCAGGGCUUGUAAUGAGAUAGAUUUGAGGACUUCGCUAGUAAAUAUAACUUCAUAUUAUAUUCUA